CCAUGAGCUCCGAUUUCCCACAUUACAACUUCAGAAUGCCUAACAUCGGCUUCCAGAACCUGCCUCUCAACAUCUACAUCGUGGUGUUCGGCACUGCUAUAUUUGUCUUCAUCCUCAGUUUACUGUUCUGCUGCUACUUGAUUAGGCUUAGACAUCAAGCACACAAAGAAUUUUAUGCCUAUAAACAGGUUAUAUUAAAAGAGAAAGUUAAAGAAUUGAAUUUACAUGAGCUCUGUGCGGUAUGUCUAGAAGACUUCAGGCCUCGAGAUGAGCUGGGGAUCUGCCCGUGUAAGCAUGCCUUCCACAGAAAGUGCCUUAUUAAGUGGCUGGAGGUUCGGAAAGUGUGUCCCCUGUGCAACAUGCCAGUCUUGCAGUUGGCCCAGCUGCACAGUAAGCAGGACCGUGGUCCCCCCCAGGGGCCCCUGCCUGGGGCAGAGAACAUUGUAUAGUGCAGUCUGCUGGGAUGUGAUGUCUGCAUGGAGCCAGGAGGAACACCGGCGGGGUCUGUCUUGGUUGCUCUUUACCUGAGGUACCAGCUGCCACUUCCUUUGCCUCAUGAAGAACUCUUGGGCCAGCCAAGCUGGGAGCCCAGACAUCUGGAUCUUGUGACAACCAAAGCACGCUGAUACUACUCCAUGCCAAGAGGAGUGGGUGAACCUGCAGGUUUGGUUCAAGAAACUUCGUGAGGGUCUCUCGCUAACGCCAUUAUACUGUCUCUCAAGAUACUCCUCUCCCUGCCAAGGUGAUACUGUUUAUCAAGCAGAGAGAAGAUAAACACAGUAUUAAAGGGAACUGAGGGUGGGGCUGUGUCUCGGGGAGAACCGUUCUUGCCUUCUGCAGCAGUGAGUCCCCCUGGCAGUCUGGGCCAAGGAAACCAGCAGCGAGGCAAAGCAGAGCUGGCCACCGGUGGGC